AAUCCUUUGCGGCAAUUGCGCAAUCUUCAAUAUUAUUUUCGAAAUUUGCUGUAUCACUCUGGAAAACAAAUUCAGUAUUUUCUCGACUCAGACUCACAAUCACAGAAGAUGAUUCGCGAUCUUCUUGUGCUUUUUGGAAGCCAGACUGGGACUGCACAAGAGGUUUGUAGUUUUGACGAAUUUUCUUUAAAUCUUCUUCCAACAAAACAAUUAGUUGUUUACGUCACUUCAACUACAGGACAAGGAGAAGAGCCGGAUAAUAUGAAGAGGUCCUGGCGAAUGCUUCUAAGGAAGAAUUUACCAACAGACUCUUUAUCUAAUCAAAUGUUCGGAGUUCUAGGUUUGGGUGACUCGAGCUAUCCAAAGUUUAAUCUUGUUGCGAAGAAGUUAAAUAAAAGGUUAAUUCAGCUUGGAGGAAUUCAACUUCUUAAUGUUGGUUUAGGAGACGAUCAACAUGAUCUUGGUUCUGAUUAUGUUGUCGACGCAUGGCUUGAUCAACUUUGGCAGGUUGCUCUUCAAGCCUUUCCUCUCCCACCUGGAAUCAAACCAAUUAGUAAAGAUUUGCUGCCGCAACCCAAAUAUAAAGUUCUCUGGCUGGAUGAACUAAACCAUGAAUUAAAAGAUGAAUUUAUAGAAAAAGAAGAUGAGAAGACAAAUGUAACUUCAAGGGCAGAGAAUGGAUGUAUUUUGUACUCCCAACAGAACCCGUUCAAAUCUCCAGUUGUCAGCUGUGACAGGGUCACUCCAGACAACCAUUUUCAAGAUGUCAGACUGCUAAGUCUGGAUAUAUCUGGGUCUGGUAUCCAGUAUAAUCCUGGAGAUAUAGCUCUGGUUCAACCUGAGAAUCUGGAGGACAAUGUUGAAUUCUUCUUCUCUCUUUUCCCUGACCUAGAUAAAGAACGCCUGUUUUAUCUGAAAAACCAGGAUUCUUCUUCUUCAAUUCCUCCUGCUUCUGUUCUUCCUAGACCCUGCUCUAUUCUACAGGCUGUGCGAAGCUACUUUGAUAUACAGAGUAUACCUCGGCGAUAUUUCUUUGAACUUUUGGCGCAUUUCACCUCAGACUCGCUAGAGAAGGAAAAGUUUAUGGAGUUCAAUACAGCAGAGGGGCAACAGGAUUUGUAUGAAUACUGUAAUAGACCAAGAAGACAUAUUUUAGAAGUCCUUUAUGAUUUCCGGCACACAACUCCUAAUAUUCCAUUCCACUUCUUGUUCGACUUAAUUCCCCAGAUAAAACCCCGGUCCUUCAGUAUCAGUAGUAGCUUGGAGAAACAUGUAAACCAUAUUUAACAUUUAGUUGCAGGUGUUUAAUAUAGAUCGAACCUAGCGUCUCCGCGGCGAGGGUUGUGUUCCACCUGGAUAUCGGAGCUAAAUCCAGGGAACAAGGUGAACCUUUGGGUUAGAAAAGGAACAAUCAGGUUCCCAGUGGACCCCGGAACACCAGCUGUUAUGGUGGGCCCUGGAACUGGUGUCGCACCUUUUAGAUCAUAUAUUUCCUCAAUGGUGGCCAAAAAAGAUGAACGACCUAUGCUGUUAUUCUUCGGCUGCCGUAAUAAAUCGGCAGACUAUUUCUUUUCCGACGAAUGGCCGGAAUGUGGUGAACAUUUUGAAGCAAUAACAGCGUUUUCACGUGACCAGGAGGACAAAAUAUAUGUACAGCACAAAAUCCGAGAAAACCAGGAAAAAGUUCGUCAGCUGAUUUUAGAGAAAUCCGGGAACUUCUUUGUGGCGGGAAAUAGUAAAAACAUGCCAAGCCAAGUGAGAGAAGCGCUAGUUGACGCUCUAGCAGUGGAAUUGGGAAGUGAAGAAGCAGAGAAGUAUGUUGAGAAAAUGGAGGUGACUGGACGAUAUCAAACUGAGACGUGGGCCUGAUACCCCUUGCAUUUACUUUUAGUCUAAAGAAUGAUGUAGAUAAUAUUUAAGAUAACAUGUUACAGA